GGAAACAUUGUAGCAACGAAUCUUACGUUCACUACUACCGUGGUCCUCUCACAAAUUGCAACUGUACACCAUGUCUCAAUGGGAAAUCCGCAUGUCAAACUCGAAGAAAGUCCCGUACUUCUUCAACACAGAAUCCAAGCAAUCUGUUUGGGAGGCUCCACCCAACUUGUCCGAAGAGGAAAUCAAGGGGCUUCCGGGGUACGAAUACUUGAGCAACCCGCACGCCGGUCAAGUCCGCGCCAGCCAUCUGUUGAUCAAGCACAAGGAUAGUAGGCGCCCUUCAAGCUGGAAAGAGGAAAACAUUACCCGUACAAAGGAGGAGGCUACUGAGAUUUUGCGAGGACAUGAAGCGAAGAUCAAUGGAUCCACUGACAAGUUCACGGAAUUGGCGUCGAAGCACUCUGAUUGUUCGUCGCACACGCACGGUGGCGACCUUGGAUGGUUUGGGCGUGGUCAAAUGCAGAAGCCGUUUGAAGAUGCGGCGUACGGGUUGAAGGUUGGGGAGAUCAGCGACGUUAUUAGCACUGACAGCGGUGUUCAUCUGGUGCUGCGCACUGGGUGAUUUGGUUGGGUACUCAUGGACUCGUAACAGUGGAAGGAAAGGAAAAGGAAAAUGUCAGAAGUAACUUGAACGAAACUUGUAUGACGCUACUAGACAGAGUCUAUGUGAAGUUUUGUUUGCCA